GAGUGUGAGCAGCAGCUAAGAGGGAACAGCAUGUUUAAUCCCUGAGACGACUGGGGGACUUUUCACAUGAAGUGUUUGGAAUAACGCCCUGAUUCGUGUCUUUAAACCUUGGAUCCAAUCCUUCUUCGGGGAAGAAACUUUAUCAGCCAAAUAAAUUAAAGGAUCUACACGUGUCAGACUCUUCUGACAGUACGGUCGACAUGGACCGCAUGAGGAGGAAUAGAGUGGAACACGAGCGUCAGACCCAUCAGGUCUUACAGAAUACUCCUCUCGACCUGAUUGAAACAGGGAAGUCCUUGAAGGUUCAGGCAGAGCGCCCCCACCUGGUUAGCUUGGGAAGUGGACGUUUGAGCACAGCCAUCACUCUGCUGCCGCUGCUAGAAGGGAGAACCACGCUGGGCAGCGAUGGGACAGAUAUCCCGCUGCAGGGCCCAGGCAUCACACCCCAGCAUUGCUACAUUGAGAACCAAGCAGGGAACAUCACCCUGUAUCCAUGUGGGAACCAAUGCUCUGUGGAUGGGCUUCCCAUCACCAAACCAUAUCGCCUUACACAAGGGUGCAUGCUGUGUUUUGGUCAGUCUGCCUUCUUCCGCUUCAACCAUCCCGAGGAGGCUCAGAGAAUGAAGAGUAUGCUGCCUGCAGGGAGCCUCAGAGUGAACACAGUCAAACCGUUCCCCUCUGACCCCCACAGCAUCUCCAAUGGAAGCCAAGAGUCAUUUUCAGAGAACAAUGAAGCUAAACUCAAUGGCAUGGCAACCGCUCAGCAGGACCCAGUGAAACUGAAACCAGCCUUGUCAUUAUCUGGUUUUGGAAAACAGUCUUCCAAAACGAUUGUUGUGGACAUACCAAACGGGAAAAAUGGCAUUACGCCAGGCAAUUUGGGUCAAGAAAACAGUGGCAGCGUCUCUCUGACUCAGCAUGUUACCAAUAAACCCCAUGCAGUACCUGUUCCUUAUCCCCGGACCUCACACUCUGUGGCUUUGAGCGGUAAUGGAAGAACUCAGAGAACCCAGGAGAGCCCGAAGCCUCUAAGAAAUGUAGGUAAAGAGACGACAUCAAGCCCCAAGCUACACGGAACUGGGUUAGACAACGGAUGUCCAAGUCAGAAACACUCUUCCAUCAAAAUUUCAUGCACAGCACCAUCCAGCCCUCAACUAAGAAGUUCCUCUCUUCAGACAAGGUCCCACAGCCCAAUGCGAGAGCUGGCCCAUCCCCUCUCGGAUGUUGAUGUUCCUCAUAGGAUGGCUGGCACCAAUAACCUUAGGGAACUGUCGCGGGUCAGCCCCUUUGUGUCCUAUAGGGGGACUCCAGGACCACAAGGAGCUCCUCAGAGCCCACAGGGCCAGCGCAAACCUUCAACACCACUAAAAGCAGAGGCCAUGAGGCCCCUAUACACACAGAGCCACCCAUGUGUUUCCAGGCUGGAAAAACAGUCAGAGAGCAGACCGUUACAGCCUGGAUUAACAACUGGCAUCACGUCAGGCCUGGGUUCAUUUUCUGAUUUGUCUCCUAUGGCUAGCCCUUUUAACGAACGGAGGACUGCCUGCAUGAGCGCAAAGGGAUCCUUCAGCAAGGAAGGAAAUCCUACAAAACUGUAUACCAGGGAACGUAAGAACAGCAUCUCCGAGAUCAGCGAUAAUGAAGAUGAGCUGAUGGAGUACCACCGGUGGCAGAGAGAGGAAAGGCUGAAGGAGCAGGAAAUGGAAAAAAUGGAGCGACAGAGGCUGGAGACCAUCCUGAAUCUGUGUGCGGAGUUUAAUCAGGAAGACAGCCCUGCAGAGCUGGUGAGGAGCGGCCCGAUCGGGGGUAUUAGAGGAGUUGGCUCAGAUUCAGGAGGAGGGGUAUCUCUUGGGGGAGCAGAACGAGCCAAGAGGGUGGGAGAGAACGAUGAGGAGACCCAGAGAGAGGAAUCCAGCAGCACAGAGAGCACCCAUCAAGAGUGUGAGCUGUUUGCUGGACAGGAACAGGUCUACCUGGAGGAGGAGAGGAAAAAGGUCUUGGUUCGAGUUGACGACUUAAAGUACAGAGUUGGUGAACUGGAGCAGCAGCUACAAGAGACCAAACAGGAGGUGGAGAUGGAGCAGGCUCUGCUGCAGGCCGAGAGACGGGCAGAGCAGGAGCAGGUGGAGGCUGAAAAUGAAAUCAUUGCUCAGCUGCAGCUCAAACUCAGUCAGCUGGACAAGACCUCUCAAAAAGAGAAGGACAAGGGCAGAGCUUAUGUGUCGGCUGAGCGGAAGGUCCUGGAAAAGCAGAGGAAUGAGUACAAUGAGCUGAAGAGGCAGUUUGAAAUGUGCCCAAUCUUGUCUCUAAGGGAACAGUUACAGGAGCAGCUCAGCAGGACAGCUGAGGCUCUGGAUUGUGGGACCAAGCAGUUUGAAGAGCUGGAGUUCUGUCAGCUGGAGGAGGAGAGUCGGCUAGAGGAGAAGAAGGAAGCCUGUUCUUCUCAGCUUCUCCAAAAGCGAGCAGAGUAUCAUUGCAGUGUUGCCAGCAGGAAGGAAAGGAUGGCUGCUCUGGAAGCUCAGGUGAAGCAGUUGGGGAUACAGGCUUCCCAAGAUUGUGAAAAACUUACAAAAGACAAGAUGGCAACCCUUCAGCUUCUGCAAAAGGAGCAAGACGCAUUAUGCAGCCUGGAGAAGAGGUAUCACACCCUGACAGGAGGCAGAAACUUCCCAAAGUCCGGCAGCAGCAUGAAAGAGGAAUCGCUUCACAUCAGCGAACCUGACCUUGUUUAUGUGGAUGCUCCUCCUCAUAGCCCCUGUCCCUCCUCUUCUCACAACCCCUCCCCUGAGCUCUGUCCUGUCAGGCUGCAAGAGGAGUACCUCAGGCUGUCUGAUGUCUAUCGGAUGUAUGAAGAUGCUUAUAAGCAGCCUUACUCCUCCUCCCCCGCUGCUCUCCACUGCCUCUCCCUAACUGUGUCUCCAACUCUGCAAUGUGAGGACUACAUCACAGUGAGUCAGUUAAGCCAGAUCUUUGGGAUGCAGAGAUGUAAGCCCUCCUCUUCCACCUCUACUCCAUCAUUCCCUCUUGCCUCUUCUGAAUCUUCCUUCACGUGCCACUCAACUGCAUGUGGUUCUUCCUCCUUUCUUUCUGCUCAGAACCAUGCUGAGCUGAGCAGGAAUGCAAUGCCUCCCAUUAAUCUUGAGCGCUGGUACCAAGACAUCAUGGCUGCUGGAGAGCCUCAGUCAUGUCCUCCACCACUGCCUGCAAAGUCUUUUUCCACACGCAGACAUGGGCAGAUGUUAAAGUCAAAAUCAGAUGGAGAGGUUGGACAGGGGCCAUCGACUGCUGUCUGCAGCGCUGCACUUCUGUCUCUCUCCAGUGGCAUUAUGCAUGAUAGAAAUGCCCCCUCAAUGUUGAUGCUGAGAGAGAAAAACCCGUUAGACAUGGAUUCCAGGAAGCAAACAUCUCUGCACUGCAAAGACCCAUCUCCAACUGUCCACCACUCCAUCCUGCACCACCAGCCGCCGCCGAGCGGCAACCAGGCGUACGACACCCUGAGCCUUGAAAGCUCAGACAGCUUGGAGACCAGUGUCUCCACUGGAAACUCCGCCUGUACCCCAGAAAGCGCCUGUGGGUUAGAGGCCCAGAGGAUAGAGGAGAUGGAGAAGAUGCUGAGGGAGGCACAGCAGGAGAAAGCACGACUGAUUGAGAACAGAGAGAGGGAGGUGCAGGCUCGGCGGCAGAUGCUGGAGGAGGAGCGGAGGAGGCGGGAGGAGGCUGAGAGGAGGCUUCAAGAUGAGUCGGCCCACAGGCGGAGACUAGUGGAGGAGGAGGUGAAGAUGAGAGAGAAGCACUUCUCCCAGGCUCGUCCAAUGACCCGCUACCUGCCAAACCGGAAGGAGGAGUUUGACCUUCGGGCCCAUGUGGAGUCGUGUGGCCACUGCAUAGACACCUGCCCCUUCGUCAUCCUCACCGAGAAAAUGUGCAAAGGCCACCUGGUGAAGAUGGGAGGAAAAAUCAAAUCCUGGAAGAAACGCUGGUUCGUUUUCGACCGUCUCAAAAGAAACUUCUGCUAUUACAUCGACAAGCACGAGACCAAGCUGAAAGGGCUCAUUUACUUUCAGGCGAUUGAAGAGGUUUACUAUGAUCACCUGCGCAGCGCCGCCAAGAGUCCCAAUCCAGCCCUGACCUUCUGUGUGAAAACUCAUGAUCGGCUGUACUACAUGGUGGCCCCGUCUCCUGAGGCCAUGAGGAUCUGGAUGGACGUCAUAGUUACAGGUGCAGAGGGCUACACACAGUUUCUGAGCUGAGAGAUGGAAGCAGGGAUGAUUAUAAUGACGAUGAAGAGGGAAACAAAGGAAACAAAAGGAGACCUGGGUGCUGACCUGAUCUAACUCCUGCUGGUGCUGGAAUGGAUGGACUGAAGUUGGUCGGGACAGGAAGAGGAGAAUAACUUCAUAGAAAGUCUGAAACCUGCAACUAAAUAAGGGCUCAGACUUACAGUGGUGCUUUUUUAAUGAAACUGAAUCAGCUUUGAGAUUGAGACAUUAUAAAAAAAGUCAUUUUUCAAUGUGAUCUAAAACAUUUCAGGCAGAAUCAUUUUAAGAUUUCUUAAUUUUCUUUUAAACCUCCAACUGUUUACACAUCUAAACCAGAUAUAAACAUCAAGUUAUCCCUUUAUAUAUUUUUACCUUUUCUUUAGAUGUAGUAAGAUUUUAAAUAUUUCAAAACAUUAAAUUACUAGAAACCUUUCUAUAGCCUUUAAGCACAAUAAUCUAUGUUACAUAAGUGAACGACUUUUACAUGUCCUUUGUUAAUAUCUGUAUUUAUAUAUGUUCCAAAAGCUUUUCAUUCAGGUACAUAACAGAGCGAUACAUUUGUACUUUGUAUAAAAAUAUCAAAUACUUCUUUUAACAUUUCAAUAAAAAGCAGCUUUUACAGUACAAUUGUUAUGAUAUGCUAAAAUCCAUAUUAAAUAUAAAUUAAAAUAUAUUAAACAGA